AAAACUGUCGUAUUUGUUUACGAAAAAGGCGAGACACUUGCUGUGAUAAAAUAUCACUUCCCUUCCAUUUGUCACGUUAUGAAAUUAAUAUAUCCAUUCUUGCAACGAUAAAGACCUGUCCUGAUAGUAUGGCACAGACAGCUCUCACCAAAGAAGAAAUUUUUAAAUGGACCCCUUUACGAUUUGCUGAAGAGACAAAUGCUUGGGAUUGGAUUGAGAAGCAGUUGGAAAAUGGAAUUUCUCUAAGAGAUUUGGAAGUGACCAGAGAUAAGCUGAAGAAUAGAGAAGCAGCAGUUGGGAUUCUAACGACAAUUUGCAAGGCAGGUUAUUCGUGCCUUUUGAGAUAUGCUCUCAGUGAAGUGCCAUCUCUGGCCAACAUUUGCCUUGAACUGGAUCAGACUAGACCACUGCAUAUGGCAAUAAGACACCAUCGUCAUAGUAUUGUGCGGUGUCUUAUUAAUACUAAUGCGGAUAUAAAUAUUUGUGAUCUCUCACAGAGAACACCGCUACAUGAAGCUGUAAAAAGCAAUUGUACACAAGCAGUGAGGAUGCUACUGAAUUCUGGAGCUGACAAGGAAAUGAAAGAUGUGGGAGGAAAGACAGCAAUACAAAGAGCAGCUGAGCUUAAACAUACUGCUGUAGUCAAGUUACUUUGUGAUGCUGGGGCUGACAUAAAUGUCAGUCAAAAUUUGGAAGAGAGGCCUUUAUACAUAGCAGCACAAAUGGGAGAUGCAGAGACAGUGCGCCUUCUUUUGGUUUCUGGAGCUAGCGUGUAUGAUGACAGAAAUCAGUCUGCAUUGCAUUUUGCAGCGGUAACUGGCUGUUAUAUUGCAGCACAGACAUUAAUAGAAGCAGGUAUUGAUGUCGAUAUCAGAGAUGCAGAUCAGAUGACACCACUGCAUCGUGCUGCUGAGCAUGGGAACAGUGAUAUUUGUUCAUACAUGCUAGACGCUGGAGCCAAUAGAGAAAUUACAGACAAACAUGGGAAAACCCCAUUGCAGUAUGCAGCUCAGAAGGGACAGACUGCUGUGGUGCAACUUUUGUGUAACCAAUCUGUAGAUUUCAGUGUUAGUGAGCAGUCAAGGAAGAUACUGUUCCUUGCAGCAGAGAGUGGCAAUCAGGAAACUGUGCAGUUACUGCUACAUCAAUUUUCUGAUACCUUUGAUGAACAUAAAUUUCAUGUUCUACUUGCAGCAGCAUGCAGGGGCAGUGAUGUUGCAGUUCAAACUCUGGCAAAAUCAGGAGUGCAUGUGAAUGCACCAAAUUUGUUUGGAAGGACAGUUCUGCAUGAAGCUGCUGGCAGUUGCAGUGCAGAAACUGUAUGCACACUGCUUGAUGCUGGGGCUGAUGGAAAUGCAAUGACCAAUGAUGGUAGGACACCUGCACAUUUUGCUGCUGCAUCUAGCAAGGCAGACACCCUGAAAUUACUAAUAGCCCAAAAUGUUGAUAUUAACAUUACAGAUAUUUCUGGAGAGACACCACUUCAUUGUGCAGCAAAAUGUGGCAGUAAAGAGUGCAUAAACCUUCUACUGGAUGCUGGUGCUGAUCCAUUCGCAAUUACCGACAGUGGUAUGACAGCAUUACACUUUGCAGCAGCAUCUGGAAAAUGUUGUGUUGUUGAGUUACUCUUACUGAGCAACAUCAGCCCUAAUGUUAGGGAUAAGAAAGAUCGAACUCCCUUACACUUUGCUGCAGCUUCAGGGUGUCUUGAAACAGUAAGAACACUUUUUGACAAAGGAUGUAAUGUUGAGUCUACUGAUAAGGAUGGUAGGACACCAUUGCACUGUGCAGCACAACGAGGACAUUCUGAAAUAGUGGAGUUUCUUUGUAAGAAAGGCGCAGAUGCCAAUGGGGGAAAGCAGGAUAAAUGGACAGAAAAACCAAUUUAUUUAGCUGCAGAAAACAACAACAUAAAGAGUGUUCGUGCUCUUUGUCAAGUGUACUCUCUUGGCUGUGAUGAAUAUAAGCGAACUGUAUUGCAUAAAGCAGCCAUGAUUGGUCAAGAUGUGGUAGUGCAGACGUUGGCAGCUGCAGGUGCUGCAGUCAAUGCACAAGACAGUCAUCUUAAUACACCUCUUUUUCUGGCUGUUGCAUGGUGCAGUAAGGACACUGUGAGUGCACUGCUACGAGCAGGGGCUGAUGUAAAUAUGACAUGUACAAAUGGUUGGACAGCUUUACACUGUGCCGCAUCUUUCCAGAAAACUCACCUUGUUCAGAUGUUAAUGGAAUGGGGUGCUGGAAUAAAUGUACAGGAUGACUAUGGACAAACACCACUUCAUUGUGCAACUGACAGUGACAGCCUGGAAACAGUAAGAAUUUUGCUUGAAUCUGGUGCCAGGAAGGAUAUCAAGGAUUGUUGGGGGGAAUCUCCAUACGAUAUUGCUAAAGAUAAUACAAAUUAUGCAUUGAUGAGACUUUUAAAAGAUUAAAAAUGAUACAGUCAUAGUAUUUCAUUGACUUAUUGUACAAAGACUGGCACUGAACUUAAUCCCUUUUGUACAAAUGCACUGAUCUAUUUUGUUUAACUGCUGUUAAUCCUUCUGGGUGACAAGUGACAUUGUAUUUCUGUUAUGUGGAUUAUUAAUAUAAAGGAAAAACAAUUUGUGUUGUUAUAAAAUAUGUCUUGAUCGUUUGUGUAUGUAAUACACAUGACACAUCAAGAGCUUCUGUCACUUAGUGUUCAGCUAAUUCAGUUUCAUUGUUUAUGUAACUGUAAAGUAACUAUUGAGUUUAACAUGUUAAUCUCUCAAUUGUUUGUUGUCCAGGUGGUUUAAAUUACAAGUUACUAGGAGAAUUAUCUUCAUUUUCUAUGAAUGCUUAAAUUUUGUUUACACAUUUUGUGUUGUAAUUCAACAUACAUUUUUUUAAAAAAAUUCAGUUACUCUAUUUUUUAUUCUAUUCUUGUUGAGAAUUUGCAUAAAAGAAUCAAUUGAAAUUAUAUUAAAGCUUUAUUUUGUAUUUGCCAUUUUAGUUCUAUCUCACUUCACUACUGCAUGAUGUUAAUAUGUGAUAAUUAUGUUCAUAAAUUACAAGCAGUGAAGAUAAAGUUGAGAAAGACUAUAAAUGCUGGAAGUUAUGAGCUAGGGUAAUGAUUCUCAGAUAUGGAUUUAUAAAAUCUUAUUAUUAUUAACAGAGAUCAUAAAAUAAUGACAGUGAAUUGAAAUGGAACACAUGUUGCCAACAUGCUCUGUAGUCAAAAGAUUCAGGGUACAGGAUAGCAUUGUAAGCAUCCAUGGUAAUGAAGAAUAGAGCAUACCAAAGAGAAAAAUGAUAACUUAUAGUGAAGAACUGUAUUUUCACUAAUUUGGAUGGGGAGCAAUGAGUCAUAUAUACUGGAUAAAAGAUAAUACAAAAAUCUGCUAGAUUUAUGGUAACUGAAGUGGGAAAGGGAGGAGGAGUCAGAAAUAUGCAAAGAAGCUGUGAAAUAAGUGUCAUAAAUCUUAGCAGUGUACAGCAGGAUUCAAAAUAGGAUUUUGUAGAAAACAUAUACAAAUCUAGUAAAACCAAAUGCAAUGAGAAGAAUACAUUGAAGGCUUAUGAAAAGGCAAAAAAUCGUUGUCCAAAGUGACAAGGAAAGAGACAGGCAGUGAUCUGGAAAACUGAUACUAUUCAGAUUAUACAGAGCAUAGAAUUGCUACGAACAACAAAGUAGUUAAAGAUACCUUCAGUAUCUUCUGUGUCUAUUUUCUGUGGAAAAUAUAGAAUCAAACAAUUAUUCAGCAUAUUUUUUAGUUUCUUUGGGUAGCAUGAGAAAUGCAUUUUCUUCAUCAUGGACAGAAAACAUUAUUGUGCAAUCAAAAAAGCUACUCACACUUAAUGCCAAAUCAUUUGAGCUUUUGUAGCUAUCAAAUCAAAAGUUACUUAAAGAAACAUUUUUUUUUUUUUGUCUAAAAAUCUAGACCUUGUGGACAACUGUUAAUUUUCAAUAAUUUUAAUGUCACUAUUGCGUAAACUGUUGACUAGUGUAACAAAUGUUGAUCACCUGUACUUUAAGAAAUAUAAUAACACCAAAGAAUCUGUGUUGCAGGUGUAACUAAAAUAAUUAACCAGUUAUAGCUCCUUACCAUUUGCUGUAUCUCUCAAAAACUGUAUAUCUGUCCUUAAAAAACCAAUUUUAAUUUUAAAUAAAAUGAGAGGCAUGUUACAGAAAUAGGCUACAUUAAUGAUACUUUCCACCUAGAGGACACUUCAAGCCUAGUGAGAGACACAUCCACCUAGAGGACACUUCAAACCUAGGGAGAGACACAUUCUAUCUGAAAUUACCCAGAAAUCAAACCUUAUAUGCUGUGCUUAAAGUUUAAAAAUGUAAUGUGAUGAUACUAACCCCAGAAAAUUAAGAAAGGUAGUCACUUACAGAAAACAAGGCAGUACCACAGCUUAUCACUUAGUCUCCUAUGAGAACAAAGCCAGAGAAAAAUUAACAUGCAAAUGUAAGAAAUUGCUCUAAAAUUUGUCAUAACAUUUUCAUUUUGGCAGAGAGAUAGGUUAAUGAAAAGUAAAAGAAACAUACAACAAACAUGUUAUAAAUGAAAGUAACAUGGUAGUUUUUGAAAGUCUUUCUGCUUAUGCUACCAUAUCAAAACAAAAAUACUAAAACAAGAAAACCUAUCAAUUUGGCAUAUUUAGGUGAUCUAGCUCUGGAUGAAAAAUCAGUCCAUACUCUGGGGGUGACUGCAGAAGUACAGCCAAAAGAUUACUUACUGGUGUUAUAACUAUUUUAUAUUACAAUGCAGCAACACAUACAGAAGGAUUGUAAUGAAAUUAAUACUGGUCUUGAAAGUCUACUUGAUUAUGACAGUCUGCUAAGUAAAAAAAAGAAAAGUGUAGAGGAGAGAAUGAAGGUUUCUUUAAUUAUUUUAUUUUAGGAGAGGUGGGCCACAAAACAGCAGAAAGUAUAUUGAGUAUGAAUUAAGGUUUAUGGAAGUCUAUAUUUACCACAGCACUAUAGGAGUCUCUUGUACUACACAGAAAAA